GCUACGGAUUCAGUUGGUGCCCGGACUUAAAGAUGAUCACGGCAAUUCUCCUGGCGGUCUGCACCGCGGUGUUUCUUUUCCUUUCGUAUCGAUAUGCAGUUGGUCGACCCUGCGGUUUUCCUCCCGGUCCUCCGAGGAUACCGAUGUUCGGCAGCUAUCUCUUCAUGCUGCUCAUAAACUUCAAGUACUUGCACAAGGCUGCCUUGACCCUCAGUCGUUGGUAUAAAUCGGAUAUCAUCGGGCUGUAUGUCGGUCCUUUUCCGGUGGCUAUCGUCCACAGUUCGGAGGGAGUGCGCCAGAUCCUCAACAACAAGGUGUUCGACGGACGUCCCCAACUUUACGUGGCCGCUAUGCGAGAUCCCGGCCAAGAUGUCCGAGGAAUUUUCUUUCAAGAUGGACCCUUGUGGAAGGAGCAGCGUCGCUUUAUCCUGCGCUAUCUACGAGACUUUGGCUUCGGGCGAAGAUUCGAACAACUCGAAUUGGUCAUCCAGGAGCAGUUGACCGACAUGCUCGACAUGAUCCGCAACGGACCGAAAUAUCCACAUGAGCACGAAAUGGUAAAACCAGGAGGAUACCGCGUGCUCCUGCCGCUGCUCUUUAACCCCUUCUCGGCCAACUGCCAUUUUCACAUUUUGUACAACGAGUGCCAGAGUCGCGAGGAAAUGGCCAGAUUAGUGGAGCUCUGUAAAAUGGGCAUGCAGUUUCAGAGGAAUGCGGAUGACUAUGGCAGGAUGUUGAGCAUCCUUCCCUGGAUACGACACUUUUGGCCCGAAUGGAGUGGCUACAACAAGCUGCAUGAAUCCAAUAUAUUUGUGCGCAAGUUUUUCGCAGACUUUGUCGAUCGAUAUUUGGACAGCUACGAAGAGGGUGUGGAGCGCAACUUCAUGGAUGUCUAUAUAGCGGAGAUGCGGCGAUCUCCUGGCUAUGGUUUCAACAGGGAUCAGUUCAUAAUGGGCCUGGUGGACUUCUCCUUUCCGGCCUUCACUGCCAUCGGUACCCAGCUAUCGCUGCUCAUUCAGUAUCUCAUGUUAUAUCCGGCUGUUCUGCAAAGGAUGCAGUCCGAAAUCCAGGAGGUGGUGGGAUGCGGAAGACUGCCCACGCUGGAAGAUCGCAAAAACCUGCCCUUCACGGAGGCCACUGUUCGCGAAGGUCUCCGCAUCGAAACGCUGGUGCCCUCGGAUGUGCCGCACAAAGCUCUGGAGGAUACCGAAUUGCUGGGCUACCGGAUACCUAAGGAUACCAUUGUGAUUCCCAGUCUGUAUGCCUUCCACUCGGACUCUCGAGUCUGGUCGGAUCCGGAGAACUUCCGGCCGGAAAGGUUCCUCGAUUCGCAGGGCAAGCUCAGCCUGAAGCUGGAUGUCUCUCUGCCCUUCGGAGCGGGAAAAAGGCUUUGCGCCGGUGAGACAUUCGCCCGGAACAUGCUCUUCCUGAUGACGGCCACCAUGUGCCAGCAGUUUGACUUCGUCCUGGGCCCCAAUGAUAGACUGCCCGAUCUCUCCCAGAACCUCAACGGUCUGAUAAUCUCACCGCCCGAUUUCUGGGUUCAACUGAAAGAUCGGCAUUGUACUUAAGUACAAUGAAAAUAUCCAAUUUACUAGAGAUAACUAUUUUUAAGUCAUUUAAUUUGGGAUAACCAAAUAAUACAUUUUCGGAAUAUAUUCCCCUAACUACCCUUUUUUCU